GAUAAAUUUCACAUUCAAGGUGUAAUUGCAAUAUUACGUACACUUCUAAAGUAAAUUACUAAAAAUCAGCACAUGCGUUCCCUUUCCAUACUCCGGAGUAAUAUCUACGAGGGUGUUAUCACACAAUUUUCUUCUGAUCUCCAAAAUGGUGUCAUUUCUUUAAAAUCCAUUCUAUGCUGCGACAAUGAUCGCGAUUUGCUUGUUAUAAAGCGAGGAACCCAUUGCUCAAAGGAGUCUUCAUCUUCAGAGCUCAAGCACCAAACUUCAGUGUCGUUCGACGUUUCACAGAUAGCAUUUUUGGCGGAGGGUGAUGUUAGUAUGUCAAAGGAGUUCCCCACUGACAAGAUAACUUUGUAUCUUCCUGUUGGGUUGCCAGUUCUUGUCGAUGCACACGAAUCCGAUCAUGUCUCGCAAAGUGAAAGUAUUACUAAUGUCGGAUCACAACAGCCUCCGAUAAUAGAGUCAUCUACUCUUGUAUCUGCGGUGUAUGUUCACAAGCGAAAUAUGGGGAAAACACCGGUCUCGUGUUGUCCUUACGGAGAUAUCUUUUCUUCACCAUAUUUUUCGUUAUCAGCUUCCAAGGCUACACCUGACAUUCUUAUUAAGUGGUAUCUUCUAGAUACUCAUGAGUGGGCUCGUUGGCAUCAAUAUGCCUAUGCUUUCAACAUUAAACAGCAAAGUCAUAAAGAUGAGGCUGUAAGAAAAAUGUUAAAAUUUAUACCAAGUACAACCAGAUCAAGUGACGGGCACAUUUCUGAUAUCGAUGCCGUACCAUUUGAUUAAUAAUUUUAUUAUUUUUAAAAAAAUUUCAUUUUCAACUAUCCUCUAUCCUGCUUGAAUUUAAACCAUAAAGUGUUUAACAGUGUAUACUGAGACUUAUACGUAAUUACAAAACAUAAUUAGCUAGUUCAUUUGUGUGUGUUGCUCU